CCUUGAAGUAAUUCAUUGUAUCAGAUUGAGACGAGAGGAAGCAGCGAGCGACUCGGAAUAUCGCGGAGCUACACAGCUUUGACAAAACACUGAAAACUCAACUGCUUGCCGCAUAAACUCAAGGGAUGGCAGCCAUCCGUAAGAAGUUGGUGAUAGUGGGGGAUGGAGCUUGUGGAAAGACAUGUCUUCUUAUUGUCUUCAGCAAGGACCAGUUCCCUGAAGUCUACGUCCCCACUGUGUUUGAGAACUACGUUGCUGACAUAGAGGUGGACAGCAAACAGGUGGAGUUGGCUCUUUGGGACACAGCCGGACAGGAGGACUAUGACAGGCUGAGACCUCUCUCCUAUCCAGACACUGACGUCAUCCUCAUGUGCUUCUCCAUAGACAGCCCCGACAGCUUGGAAAACAUUCCUGAGAAGUGGACCCCAGAAGUCAAACACUUCUGUCCAAAUGUUCCCAUCAUCCUGGUUGGAAACAAGAAAGAUCUCCGUAACGAUGAACACACACGCCGAGAACUGGCAAAGAUGAAGCAGGAGCCGGUGAAGUCUGAGGAGGGCCGGGACAUGGCUGGACGCAUCGCAGCUUUUGGUUACAUGGAGUGCUCUGCAAAGACCAAGGACGGCGUGCGGGAGGUGUUUGAGAUGGCCACCAGGGCAGCGCUGCAGGCCCGCCGUGGAAAGAAGAGCAAUAAAUGUGUACUGCUGUAAAACAGCAGGCAUAUUUGGACUGUUUUCACCCUGAGUUAUUACACCCGGUAAUAGGGCUCGGGAGGGUUUACUAGACUGGGGAGGGGGGGAGGAAAGAGUGCAGUAAAUGACUACCGCUGUAAACUGGGUGUUUGUUGGACUGAAUUUACCCCGGGACUUGGGUGUAGGAUGCCUUGAUGGAGAAGGAUGGGCGGGUGGGUUGAUGGACAGUACAGUACAUGACUACCGCUGUAAACCACCAGGCUCUUUACCUGUGGGUGUACCAUCCGGUUGGGAGAUUUACACCAGCUACCAUGUAAGAGUUGGUACAUUUAGUCUUUUCAACUAGCCACUUACACUGAUUUAAGAUUAUUACAAGAUGCAAGUCCUUUGUUCAAAUCUGAAUGAUAAAUCUUCAGCAUGGUCAGCAAAACAAAAGAGUUCGGAUGAUUUGAGGGAAACAGACAGCACAGUGAAUGAACAUCACCGUCAGCAACCACCAAUGGACUAUUUUUCCAAGGUGUUUGUGUCUGGAUUUGGACUGAUAAUUGGAUAAGAAUAAUAAAGCACAGAUGGGACAGCACCUUUCAGUUGUGUUGUCAUCCUGCUUCUUGUAUGCUGUAAUAACAUUAAACAGGCCAUUUUGGACACCUUCAAAAGUAGGCAAAUCACCAGUGAACUGUAUUAACAAGUGCUCUAAAAUAGUCUUUAAAAGUUUAGUUUUAUGUGUAAAUUUUACUGCUUGAGGCAGGCUGUCAGGUGCUCAGGUUUUAUUUGUUUUAUCAGAAGUGGCAUGCUCGCAUGCUAAGCUCGAUGCUAUUUUGUCUCACUGUUGCUAAUCCUCCCACACAUUGAGCUCUAGUCUUGCUGAGAUAAUCUGCUAGUCACCUGAUAUCGAGUGCUUUAUUAGUGUGCACAUUGAGUUUCAAGAAAAUGUCCUCAGUGCUUCUUUUUAGAUUAAAUUUGAUAAUCUAAUUUCAGCAUUCGAGUCAGGUGGUGAUUGUUGCUGUUUCAAACUGUGGCCAUCUUACCAUUUGGUGUUGUACAGUUCACUGUAAAGUUUGCUUACUUGUAUUCAAGCUAGACAAUUACACACAAUCACCCCAGCUGCUUUAUCUACUUUUAGGUGAUGAUCAGCUAUCAUUCAUAAGUUCUUUAAUAUUUACAUUUGUUGGACUGAAUCAGUGGAAGUGGCAGAUGGAUGGUGGUCCCACUGGAUGACGAAGGUGGAUUCCUGCCCUGCAUAUUACAGCCUGAGCAGCUCCCAGCUCUUCCUGUUCCACCUAGCUAACUGCUGGUGCUCAUCUUCCCCUGGUUCUAGACCAGGACGAAGAACAAGGAGAGGAAAGAAUUGUUUACAUGCACACCACUGAUCUUCUUAUUUGGGAUGAGCGACUAUGAAUAUUUUUUGUAUUCAGGCAUGUGUAAAAGUUGAGCAUAUGGUGAUGUAAAACUCAUUUUUGAGAGGGGGAAAAAAUGUUCCUGGUAUGUCCCAUAGUAUCACAAGUGAAACACAUGUAUAAUGGCUUUUUUUUUCCAGAAUACUUUACAUGGAUAUGCCAGAAUUAUCAGGUUGGUAAGCCAGAAAGAUUUUGUGCAGGUGAUCUGUGUCACAGUGCAGAUAAAAAAUAAACAUCCUGCUGUUAAUUGUGGAGGAUUUUUUUAUUUUUAUUUUAGAAUUUUUCUAAAAAUCUAAGUGGCCAGUCAAAUUUGGGUUUAAUUAGCCACCAGCCUCUCUGGAUUUUUCUCUUUUAACUAACAGAUUAUGGCUAUCCUGGCAGCGUUAUACCCUCCUUUUCUUCUUCCUGGCCUACAGGGUGGAGCCUAAUCCAGAAACCAGUCUUGUGUUCUUGUUUUUGUACUUUUGUUUCCAGCUUUUUAAAAAAAGUCAUAAACAUGUUUAUCAGUAUUUAAAAAAAAAAAAAAAAAGAGAGAGAGAGGAAAAAAAAGGUGGAAGACUAGGGAAUUACUCGUGUUGUUGCUUUAGUUUUUUUUUCUUCUUUUGUGCUUGACCUGAAUUUUUCUGAUGAUUUACACUUGGUUGUAAUGACCUGUCAAUCAUCCCUGCCAAAUGCUGUUGUUGGGCAGUCAGGAGAAAGGCUGGCCUCUCGGCUGCCUGUCUAGAGCAUCGCAAGGGCCACGAGUGCUGGCUUUUUUUUCUGUUUGUUUUGCACACAAACUUGGCUGAAAAGACUAAAGGAAAAAUGACUCAAGUUUCCUAAUGUACAAAUCAUUUUUAUUUCUAGAUUUUACUGUAAUUUUAAAUCCUGAAUUUUGGAUGCUGAAGCAGUGACGUAAACAAAGGAACAGGAAAACCAAGCUGUAUGCAAAGUCUGUAAAUAUGAAAUGUGGGUUUGUUCAUACUAGACUAUACACACGCACAUGACUGGAAACUGUAUUUGUAAACUAGCUUUGGUUUGUGUAAUAAAUUACUUUCUAUAACA